AUGCUUGGCAUUUGGGUGGAUGAGAAUGAGUCAGCAGCUCUUGUGAUCAAGAUUGUUGGGACGAGCCAGUGCAAUGUGGAACGAAGACGCGUGCGCGAUGGAUCCUUGAUCGACUCAGGCCCUCUCCGCACCACGCCGAACAUCCAAGGUUGGAGAGUGUGGGACAGCAGCUCCUAUGGAGGCGAUGAGGAUGUCCCCGAACGUCUCCGACUCAGCGACAGAGACAAGAACUUACUUCAGACUCAGCUCCCGGAAGUGUGGGGGGAUUGGGAUGAUUCAAGCUGCUAUCGCAGGAGUUCUGACGAAGUUCUCCACUUCAAGCUGCUGCCAAAGAAAAAGCAGCCUACCGUUGAUGGAUCUCCAGUGCAGCAGGCGCUUCUGUCCGAGGACACGGCUCUUGUGGGGUCUGGCGAUGGGCAUGUCAGGCUGGUCACGAGUGAUUCGUCAGCCUGGAGCAAGCACGUACGGGAAUGGCUUCCCCUUCGGGUGGGAAUGGGGUUCGACUAUGGAGUGAAUGCGAUCGUCUUCUCCACUGAGGGCAGGUAUGCCUUCCUUGGGAUCUCUGGCGGCGAGUGUAAGGCGCGCCAGCUCGCAACUCAUGGCCAGGUGAUCUGCUUGGACAUCCAGACCUCGGAGAAAAUCUGGAGCUGGCCUGCCCAUGCGCUGCGCAACCGCAGCAUCGUGCAUGUUGAAGCGUUGGGUUUGGCCCCAGAUGGGGAUUGUUUUGCUGUCGCAUGCAACAGGGAGAGGUUCUUUGGAAUGGACGGUCAGGAGACCCCUCCUGGUAAUGAUUAUCUGGUCUACCUGGAAUCCUAUGCGAAUGGCUCUCUGGUAGAAGUAAGGUGGUCACAACCUCAUGACCGCAAGGUCGUUGCUUUGGCUCAUUCACCUCAUUCCGUUUACCUCGCUUUCUGUUUCGAGUCUGAGUCCUGGCUUAAUCGACAAGAUGUAACAUGCCUUGCCACAGAGUCUGGCGCCAUCAUUUGGCGUUGCCCGAUGCCCGGGCAGAAGCUGUCGCAGUUCUCCUGUGCAAGCAAGCUUCAGUUCACACCUGGUGGUCGAUUCCUGGUUUGUGCUGCCUGGGGUCAUUCCACUGAAGAGCAUGAUGACUUCCCAGGGUCCAUGGGCGCAGAAGCUGACGAUGAUGACAUGUGCACUGUCACCUGCAUCGGGAUCGAGUCCGGCUUGGUCGUUUGGCGGUCCAAGCCAAUUCCGGACUUUGUGGCUCGUUCGAUGCAGCUGUCGGUCUCAUCUACCGGGCACCAUGUGCUGAUUGCCUGUCGACUUGAUGGGCGGUGGUGGGAGAGAGAGGAUGGUAGCGGAAGAGACUUCUACAAGGGUGCCGUUGUGUGCCUGGACGCUCAGACCGGCAAUCUCCUGAAGAAGGCGUACCCUGGGCUGCCAGAUACCAUAGAGCUCCUCUCCGUGAAGCACUGCUCUGAAUCGCAGGUAGUAUUUGCAGUGGAUGCUUGGGCGAAUGAGGCAUCGGUCAAGGCAUAUCGCUUGCACAUGCGCGGGCCGCCCGAAAACUGGAGCGGUCAGAAGCACGGCUGGAUGUUGAGCAAAGCGCAGUGGCCAGCGGACAGCAGUCCGGAACUGCUUUGGACUCAUCUUACGCCUGAGGUCAAGCACAACUUGACCGGAUUUGCCUUCAAACCUUUAGUGCCAGCCAUGGACGACCUGCUGGAAAGCGAGUCUCCUCACGAACAUGCUGUGGACCCUGCAAAUGUUGCCUCAUCGUCGAGUGCGAUGCCAAGGCGCAGAAGUCACCGGCAGCGGCAACGGAAGAAGAAGUAUCUGGCCACCGUCCUCCUUUGA